GCUUGCGUAAUGCUCAGGGAUAAUUCGCGCCGUCGCCGAAUACACGUCACGAUGAUUAUGUUCGCGCAGUCGAGACGAUGCCCCUCUCAUCAGUUGCCGAGCCCUUGAAACUCACGGCAAAUCAGUGAUCGCACAAGCGCGCAUAUUAUUCUCCAUAGCCUAUUCUGUCCUCGGCCACUUGAGAUUUGUCCCUUCUUUCUUCCGCCAUGCGAUUCCUCACCUGCAGCACCAGCUGACAGCUUCUCCGAUGCUCGAGGGAGCUCGUACGACGACCGUUUCUGCGUGUCACGCGUGCCACGCAAUCUCGCUGACCACGCGCCCGCGCUCGCCGAAAUCACGUGUGCGCCUGUGGGAGUCUCGCCAUCGGUGGAUGCGACUUUUAUCACAAGCCGCCAUCGUGGGCGACUAUGUAAAGACGGGGCCCCGCACAAUGUCGAUCCUAUCGCCGUCCGAGUCCGUCUCGUUCAACUCCUUCCUCGCCGCCGUCGACCACCAUGACCACCUCGAGUUCGAGGGCCUCGCAGAGAAGAUCCAUAUCACCCAUGGCAGAGAUGCCCUCGCAAAGGCCACCAAGGAUCUCAUGGCCAUGGGCAGCCUUGCCCACAGCACAUCUAGUUCAAAGUCAGGCACGCAAGGCAAGUCACCAGCGGGCUCCAGCAUAACGAACAGGACAGGAAGCUCGAGCCGUUGGCCAAGUUUCAGCCCAGAAGCGUCGUCGUCGUCGUCGUCGGGUGACGCGCGGCCCCACAGCUUUGCUGGCCCGUUCCCGGCCUUGGACCACCGACAUGCUUCGCAGGACCCCUUCAUGCCCCGCCCGCAUAGUACCCAACAGCAGAUACCCUCCAUACGCUCCCUCGAGAAAAUCAUGUCGCCCCCUCUCUCCAACGCGACAGAUGUUCCCCGGCGCACAUCGUUACCCACCUCCGUCUCAGCGCCGUCCGUGUCGAUCUCGACCUCGUCGAAGCGAUCUCUGCCAGAGGACGACUCACAUACUGGUUCAUCCGCGCCAAAACGGCCACGGCCCUCACAUUCCCCAACGGAGCCAAACACGCGUUCUCGGCGCCAGUCCUCGGCAGGCUCCAACGUCAACCGGGCGCGCACGUCAGGCGCAGGGACAGCGACGACCAACAAGCCUGCGCUGCUUUCGCCAUCGCAGAAGCGCGCGAAUCACAUCCAGAGCGAGCAGAAGCGGCGUGCCAAUAUUCGGCGUGGGUACGAUGCUCUAUGCAACGCGGUGCCAGCGCUACGCGAGGCGAUUGCAGCGGAGGAUGCACAAGUGGCAGCUGGUACGGAAGAUGGAAGCUCUGUGGGAGGAGUGAAGGGACGCAAGAGGAAGAAGAAGAGCGAAGAGAGCAUUGUCGAUGGGCGCGCGGGGCCAAAGAGCGAGAAUGUGGUGCUGCAGAAGACCAUCGAGCAUAUCACGUCGCUCAUUGACGACCGCGAAUCGCUGCUCACGCGGCUGCAGUCUGCACGCAGUUCGCUCGCGCAGGGACAUCCUGCUCUGGUCGUUUCGGAUGCGCACAAGAAUGCGGAUGGCGUGCCACUGUGGGAACGGGAGUGGAAUGGAGGAGUGGGGAUCGUGGAGGAAGGAGUGGAAGAAGGGGAAGAGGAUGAUGGUGAGGGUGGAAGCGAAGACGAGGGAUAGUUGGGUGUGAUGGAUCGCAGUCUUUAUGGGAACAAAUGGAUUGUGAUAGGUUCGCAUGCCAGUGCGGAUAUGGGACGGUAUGUGCCUGCGAUUUCUUGUGGGGCGGUGUACGAUAGGCGGCGUUGCUAUGUUGUGCUGUGUUGUAUGCGUUUGCAUCAGGCUAUGUGCGUUGUAAUGGAUACCUCAUGUGGAUUGUACAUGGAUUACUGCUAACACACAUAUGUCA